AUGAAGAGACGAAAUGCUGAGAUCGGGAAAAUGCGAAGACCCGUCAAGAGGAACAAAAUAACAGAGGGAAUUUACGGAAGCACUGUCUUGUACAUGAAGUUCUUUCUUGUGUGGGUGCUGGUAAUAUUGGCCGACUUCAUCUUGGAGUUUCGUUUCGAAUUCUUAUGGCCGUUUUACCUGUUGCUGCGCUCCGUCUACGAUUCCUUCAAGUACCAAGGGCUGGCGUUCUCGAUUUUCUUCGUAUGCAUAGCACUCACCUCCGACAUGCUGUGCUUUUUCUUCAUACCAGUGCAUUGGUUGUUCUUCGCUGCCAGCACUUACGUGUGGGUGCAGUAUGUGUGGCACACAGAUAAAGGGAUAUGUGCUCCAACGAUUAUACUUUGGGUUCUAUUCGUGUACCUGGAGGCGGCAGUGAGGCUGCGCGACGUGAAACACAUGCCUGGGCACUUGGACCUGUGCAGGCCGUUCGCCGCCCACUGCAUAGGCUACCCGGUGGUCACGCUGGGCUUCGGCUUCAAGUCGUACGUGGGCUACCGGAUGCGGCAACGUCGACAGCGCGACGUCGCCAAGGAGAACGAGUUCUACAUGCAGCUCAUACAGCAGGCGUUGCCCGUCGAGACGGCAACGUCGCCGCAGACGGCGCCGGCCGCGCAGAAGGACGCCGAGGUCGGCAACGUCGCGGCGCCCGCCGCGCAGAAGGCGCAGCAAAGCAACCAUCACAGACAAUCGAGCGAGAAGAACGGGCACAUACCGAACGGCACGGUGGCCAACGGGGUGCACCACCACACCUCCAAAUCGCACCACAGAAAGUCGAUGGAGAAAAGCAAAGAGCAGCAGCAGCAGCACAAAGAGCACAAGAACGACGAAGAUCACAGAGAUAAAGAAGCUACAAAAAGCGGCAAAAGUCACGCGCACAGCAACGGUGCGGUCGUCGGCGCGGGCGCGGACGACCACCACCAGGACGCGGAGGUGGCAACGCCGCCUGCGCAGCCGCAAGGUCAGAGGAGCGCGCAGUCGAAUCGGAGGAGCAAAAAGGAGCAGCAAGAGUUAAACAAGGACAGGGAGGCCAACGAGUACCUUCAGAGGUUGGAAACGGACGCGAAGCGGCUCAGAAUCGAGCUGCAGGGCAGCAGACAGAGCGAGCAGGAGCUCAGAUUGCAGGUGGCAUCGCUGACGACUAGCGAAAAAGUGUCGAAGGGGGAGCUGUCGUCGAUGCAGCGCGAAGUGGAGGAGCUGCAACAGCGCCUCCAGUCGGCGCACAGUUGCCGUUCGCAGGACAAGCAGACGAUCGGGCAGCUGGAGAGGCGGCUGACGGACGAGAGACGGCAACGCGGCACUCUCGAGUCGCAGCUGACGCAAGAGCGCAAAAGCAGGAAGCAGGAGGAGCAGAGGGCUGCACAGGCGGCGGCGCAGCAGCUGCAGCAGCAGCAGCAGCUCGCGUCGCGCGGCGAGUGCACGGAGGCGUGCAAGGCGCGGCGGCGCGAGCUCGAGGCGGAGGCGGGCGAGGCGCGCGCGCAGCAGCGCUGGGCCGAGGAGCGGUGCGGCGCGCUGCAGGCGGAGAACGCCGCGCUGGCCGAGCAGCUGCGCGAGACCGACGUGCUGAUGUCGGCGCUGGGCGCGAUGCAGGAGAAGACGACGCACCUGGAGAACUCGCUGUCGGCCGAGAACCGCAUCAAGUUGGACCUGUUCAGCGCGCUGGGCGAGGCAAAAAGGCAGCUCGAGAUCAGAGAGAGUGCGAACAGAGCGCAAGCGAGCGAAAUCGAGGAGCUGAAGAGCAAAAUCGCGCAGGUUUUGGCGGUGAUGCCGAACGACACGUUCGGCGGCGGCGGCGCGCACACGCAGUCGCGCGUCCGCCUCGCCGCCGUCUCCGCCAACGGCAACGUCGCGGCGACGGAUCAGCUGCAGCUGCAGCAGCAGGCGCCGUCGCCCGGCUCCACGCUCGAUCCCAACGCCACCGCGUACACGCCCAAAAACCCCUCGAUGGUCGCGGCCUCGGAAGCCUAG